AUGGCGUUUUCACCACCUUCUGCAACUACUCGUACCACAACUGCGACGAGCGCCAUCUGCGCCCAUCAGCCCAACUGCGUAUCCGCCAGCCUGGGUCCCAACGGCUGCUUCCAGGCGCGCUACACCGAAGAAGCCUUGCGCGAUAUGCGAGAUGGCCAGGUAGCGCCAGUGAGCGACCGACACUGGCUUCCGCGGCAGUUGGGAGGCAGAGUUUGCCGUCUGGCGGGUGCCGCCGACUGCAAGCAGGGCACCAUGAGUGAGGAUCACCGGCUUCGGUUUUCGGAGCUACAGCCGGACUGGCUGGAACGGCACGCAGAACUCAAGCUGUCCUUAGGCCUGGCGGAAGGCUCUCAGGAGCUUCCCAGCGACUCCGAGGGCCUGCAGCUCAAGCUGGGGCCGCCAGACAUCCUGGACGUGCUUGUCAACCUCACGGGCAUCACCCACGACGGCGAGACCGUCUACUUCAACGCCACGGCCGCGGUGGAACAGGAAGAUGUGGUGGUGACGCUAUUCAAGUACCCGCCCUACCAGCUGACAGAGCUACACCUCUACUUGACAGUGCUGUUUCCAGAUCCGGACUACGCCGCAGACUGGUCCGACAGCACGGCAUCGCUUGUCAACUCCACAGAGGUUUCCUUUCGGCGUUGCGACGAGAGCAGAUUGUUCAGGCACAGGUACCUUGUGUGUCAGGCAGGUAACCAGGGCUGGCGGUCACUGACGGCUAAGAUUGCCCUGGCUCCCUGGGACCCUACUGAAACGUCCGCGUUCUUUGACGUCCGAAGCAGUGCAAGCGGCCAGGAGAAGGGUUUGAGCUUGCGGCGGAGCGUGAAGCUCAGGCUCCAUGAAGUUGCGAGUGUGGGCGCCUGGGCUGUCCCGCCGGAGCAGAAUGCAUGCACCUUCCUGGGCACACCAGCCGACCUGCAUGCCAACACGUCCGAGGAAACCCAAGCCGGGUCCGGCUCGUCCCCGCUCGCUGCGCUCGACUUCGACUCGCCGAGCUUGCAGCAGAUUCGAAGGGCAGCCGCCACAGGAGCAGCGUGCGAGUUCACCAAGCGUGGCUGCCGUAAAGUACAUUCCCACGCCUUCGGCGAGAGCGUCGCCGUCUCAAAGCUCGUGCUCGAUACAGAGGCCACAAGCAUCGUGAUAAAGCUUUUUCGAGAUUAUGAUGCCUUUCGCAGGGCUGGCCUAGACGCUGCUGAUGAUUCUGAUAGAAGUGCCUUCAAAUCUAUGAUCCAGGAAUCGCUUAGGGAAGCCAUUCCAGAUUUGGCGCCGGCACUCUGGCGUGCGUUUCGGUGCAUGCUCCAGGCCAAUGCCAGCCUUGCAGGCUCUUGCAGGCCUUGUGGAGGAUUCCUGAACACGUCGGAGUUCCUUUGCUGUGGGUCAGAAGAACACCUGCGAGGAUUCCUCCAAUUAGAUUUUCUGCCAGGACUCCCGCCUGGAUGGCCGCUUGCAGCUUCCAAGCUGCCAGCAAUCCUCCAUGGCAAGCCGGACGACACCGAUGAUCUCCUCCUGAAGCUGACCUGCACGGCGCUGCUGGCUAAGCCCGGUAGUGGGAGCGAGGAAGCGCAGCCUUUUGAAGAUAACAUGCUGAACGCCGCCAUCAAGGCCGCCAACUUGCAGGCCCUGAACUUGACCCUGAGACACUGCAGAAGAAGCGACAACUUGGCAAAAAAACAAGCCCAGGCGAUCUGGCAGCUCUCCAGCCAGGGUCUGCCCAUGCUUCAGCUCAUGUGGAAGGAGUUCCCACAGCAUUUGAACGCGCUUUUGCAAAACUCCGUGGACGACCGCUGCGAGGUUUGCCUCAUGGCCUGGCACGCUUCAGAACCAGCAGGGGCCUGUGACCGGGCAAGCGGUCUAACGAGCAACGUGAGCUUGAUUCUCGAAGAAGCAAGUGGUGGCGGGGACAUUGACCCGGCGCUCGGGGUGCAGGAGAGUAGGGACUUCGCCCAGUUCUUGGGACAGCUCGUGGAAGCACCGCCAUGCCUUUUGUCUGCCGUGUCGCAUCUGCGAGUGGAGAACAUCCAGUCGAUCGAGUCUGCAAAGGCUGCUUUCAAGCUCCUCACCGUCGCUGCCAAAUCAGUCAGGGACUUGGAGUUGAGAGUUUUUUUCGAAUCCAGACUACGUGGUGGAUACCGUGAUGAAGAUGUCGCUGACUUGGUGGAGUCUGUCCAGCGGUUGGGGCAGCUCCGUUCCCUGGUUCUUGACAGUGUAUCUUUUGAUGACAGCAUGGAAGGCCUUGCCAGAGCGCUGCUGAGAAAGGUGCCGCAUCUCAAUAGCGUGACCCUACGCUCUACAUCAGUGUCUGCACGUGAGCUGGCCGACUCGCUGAAAACCAGCUCGGACUCACGACCGUGCCAGCUGCAGAAGAUAAUACGUGCAGAGGCCCGCUAUGAGGAGGAGGAGGAGGCAAAGGCACUUGUGGAUGGGCUCACCCACUGCAAGGCCCUCAUCUACGUGGAUCUUUGCGGCGAGGCUUCAAGCCUUGGCAACAACGCAUCAGAGGAGAUUCGUCAGGUGGUCAGGGGAAAGCCUUGGAAUGGCCUCAGAGCCUUCCGCAUAAAGUCCGAAAAGGGCAAGUGCAUAGAUAUCAGCAAUCCAGACGCAGCUUCUCCGUCCUAA